AUGGCGUCCCUUGCGCGGCUGAUUCUGUUGUGGAGCUGUGUGCCACCGGCGCUGGCCGCGUGUGAUCCGUCGCUCAGUGACUCGUGGUGGGAUGCGUGGAGAGCAAGCGGGGACGCCGGUGGCAUCCGUCAGGUGGCGCUGACCAAUCGCGAUCGCUGUGCCUACAUCGCUUUGAUUCGGAGAAUCCGCUCGGAAUCGCCCAGCUUCAGGGUGUUGGACAUUGGUGCAGUGGGGUAUCCGUGGAGCAUACAUGCAGGGCUGACUGAUGUCAUUUUCGAUUUUCAGGCCACGCAUUCGCCGAACUGCUUUUCACGAGAUGACAUGAUUGGAGCUCAGAAUUGUUGUUCUUCCAAAGGUGACGCUUGUUUUGAUCACUUGUUCACCCGUGAGCGAUGUUGCCGAGGGGAACAACCCAUUUUUCUAGGCUUGAUCGAUGGAGACGUAACCAACACCGAGGGUGCUGGUUGGGCAAGCUUGUUCCGCUUGGUGCAGAUGACUGGGAAGUUUGACUUGGUGAUUACUUCGCACCUGUUGGAAGAUUUGACGGAUCCAACUGCUUUGGUUCGGCAGCUUCCGAAAGUGGCGCAUGCCGGGCUGGUGGUGGUGCCUUGCAAGUUCAACGAGUUGGUCCGAGAGUUUCAUCACGCGCCCCUGUCGCGGGCGCACCGGGGGAGCAUACACCACCAUUGGAUCUACACGGUGCGCGACCAGGAACUGCUGGCGAUUCCGAAGUUGCCAUACCUUGAGCAUGAUGAAAGUUUUGCUGAUUUGGAGACCAUUGGAUUGAAUGCGACCAUGACCGACAUGGCGUUGCUUUGGCGGAACCACUUGCCUAUGGCUGUGCUCAAUGGAGGCUUUAUGGGUCCCUCGGACGACGCAGUGAUUGAGAUGAUCCGUCACGCCAUCAGGGGCCCUGACGACGUGGACGUGCUGCGUGGAGAGAUGGAAAUGGGUGAGAAAAACGACAGGUUCGGAGGGGAGAUGUUUACUUCAUCCCAGGGUUUAGGGUUUAGGGUUUAG